UCACACCAACUGGCUUACACGAAUCGGGAUGAGGCCAGGAUCUACAUAUGCAAUAUUCCAGCCAAUGUUCUUACUAGUAUUGGUCUUGCAAAAGAUGUGUGUAUUCAUCCAUUCAUGAUUCGCGUGCUGAAAUCUCUUGCAGACAAGCGCUCACCUCACUAAACUGCUUGACUCUGGCGCGACACGUCAUCCCGUGCGCCGUAAACCACCAAUAUCAGUCAUACCUUCCGUCCCCUGCCCGCUAGCAGUUACAAUUGAACCCCGGCAACCCGUUAUCCUUAGAUUUUUAUGCAAACUCCUUCCUUUUCGUACCGAUAUGGCUCGUCCUAUUCGCACCAAUGAACCCCGCAAUCCCCUGGACGUAUGUCUCUCAUUUAUCUUCACAGUUGAUCCGACAGUCCCCUUGCAGUUCCCUGCUACAGCACCCUUGCCUCGUCCAAUUGUAAAACCCAAUGAUGAUAAUUAUCGGCUAACAACCACCCAAUCCUCUACCCCUACUCCCACAACCUUCAAAUACCGCCUGUCAACCUGGUGGUCACUUCAAACAGAUCAUGCAUCGUCAGCUAUUGUCAAUGUUCCUCUCGCACAGGGUAAAGAGCGGAACGCUGCCGCAGGUGCUCCACGCCGCAAAAAUGAUGAAUGGAUACCCGAUGAAGACCAUGUUUCUCCCCCUCCUUCGCCCAAUCCAGAUUCGCAACAGCCGAUCACAGCAGGGCAGGUCAGAACCAAUGCAGGAGAACAUGGAGGCAGCCAGCUGUGUUUUUGCUUUUAGAUUGACUUUUCGAACAGUGCUGUGACGAGUUCAUUGCGGACCCCUCGCUAAUUAGAACCUGCUUGUACGCAUAGUGUAUUUUCAUGACAUGUGAGGCAUAUUACAGUGCAUUUUCGUUUGCCAAUGAUUUAGUUUGCGAAUGGUGA